AUGUGUCCAAGCACCAUUGUCUCUGUCGUUUUGACUAUCUGUGUCACCUACACCAGUGGGCUGAUCACUCGACAAUCUCCAUCCGGCAGGGCUACUGUGGAUCUCACAGCCUCUGUCGGCCAAGCGAGUUUCCUUGGGUCUGGUUUCAUCUAUGGAUGGCCCGACAACGGCACAAGCGCCGAUAACUCAAUUCCCGAUAACUUUGUAACAGACAUCAAGUUUCAUGCUUCGCGCGCCGGAGGUGCCCAGAUCUCAGCAUUGGGUUGGGCUGGCGGCGGAUAUAAUGAAUAUAUUGGCCGCUUCGACUCUACCCUUUCCAACUACCGAACUACCCGAAAGUACGGAGGGGACUUCAUUCUUCUCCCUCACGAUCUAUGGGGCUCAGAUGGGGGCCAGAGCGCAGGCUCCGUGUUCCCUGGAGAUAAUGGCAAUUGGACAGAAAUGGAAGUUUUCUUUGGGCAACUCGUCAGCGACCUGAAGGAGAACGACAUGCUUGAAGGGCUUGUCUUUGAUAUCUGGAACGAGCCAGAGCUCACAAUUUUCUGGAAUCAACUUCCGGGUACCCUUAUCUCAGGGCCCUCCUCAGCGAAUGCCCCUGGUCUCGACCUCGACACGUGGAGUACUUGGCUGAAUACCAUACAAACCAACGAUGUUGUCCCAGAUAUUUAUUCCUGGCAUCAAAUCGGGGAAUGGCAGCGUGAGCCGGAUAGAGUCAUCCCUGAUUUCAACACCCUCCUCAAUCGCUACAACCUUCCACAGAGGCCUAUCGACAACAAUGAAUAUGCUUGGCCAAGUGAACAAAACCCCGGCACCUCAGUCUUUUAUCUCGCGCAGCUGGAACGACACAAUGUGCGUGGGCUCCGGGCCAACUGGGGUAGCGGUUCGGACCUUCAUAACUUCAUGGCCGACCUGGUUUUCAAGAACACUGAUGGUACUUACAGCUCCAAUGGGGACUGGCAGGUCUACCGGUACUAUGGUCAGAUGGACGGCGAUCGUGUGGCUACGGUGGCUUCAGCUGACCUCAAGUUCGACGUCUUUGCCACCAUCAGCGGGAAUGGAGUCAAGAUCCUUGCUGGUACAAGAACAGUCCAAAGCACCUAUGAAAUCGGCAUCUCAGGAAUGAGCCGGCUCGGCCUUCCCGCCGAUGGUGUCAUCCAAGUCCGCAGCUAUCGCUUCGACUGGACAGGAACAAAAGCUGAGGUUGGCCCACCGGUUGAUCUGGGCCUCGCUGAAUUCCAGUACUCUUCUGACACUCUGUUAAUUACGGUUGUACCCCCGACGAAUGCUACAGCCUUCGCCUUCGAGUUCUCCGGUCCAAAUUGA